AUGUGGGUGCUUUUAAGUUGCGCUUUGCUAGGAACGAUAGCAAACUCUGGCAUAGCUGCUGCAAACCCGCCUCCGGCGGAUGCCGCUAUCCGCACCACACUUCACUCUGUAGAUGUUGACACGGUCCGAGCUAUUGGUCGAGUGCUCUCUGCCGUCCCUAGAGACACUGUGUUGAAGAACAGCACCUCUUUGGAGAAAACCUGGAAUGAUGCAACGCUAUUCACUGUUGCUGGAGGAGGAGAAACUAGGCAGAACGUUUCUCUUUCCGCAGGAAUUGAAGUCAAAUGCAAAACGUGCUAUAUCAAAGGAAAAGCCACGGCCCAGCUCGACGUCAAUGGCAAUUUCAACGCCAGCCAGGCUUUCCAUGGCCUGUUAGACAGUGUGGAAGACGAGGUUCAUAACAUUACCCAGGAAGUUGGGCAACAGCUUGACAACGAUUUCGAGGACUUCUUGAAAUCACUCAGCACUGGAGACCUUUCGGAUGCAUUCAACGCAUUUCAGGCGCCGACAAUCAACAACAGCUUCUCACUCGAGGUCCAAGGAAUUCCCGAAUGCCUUCUUCAGCUCCAGUUCGAUGGCAUGGAACUUUAUGUACUUCUUGAGACGAAGUUGUCAGGGAGUGCAUCAUAUACUCUGAAUAUCUAUCAGUCAAACACUCCGCUGGGCAUUGCUAUCCAGGAUGUCCAAAUGGGGAUUUGGUUUUCUCUUGAUCUUAUGUUGGACGCUGAGGCUGAGAUCGACAUUACCAACGGGUUCCAUCUGAAGCUGGAUGAUGGAGUGAAGAUUAGCAUUCCAAUGUUCGGUAAUAAUGUCUCAGAUAUAGUCAUUCCCGGUGUCCAUUUCGAGUUCCUCCCAGUAACGAUCGAGAGCGCAGGCGCAGUACUCACAGCAACCCUCCGCAUAAGCGCCCAUGCCGGAAUAUCAUUAGACACCCCGAAGUUCGCCAUAUUGCCCUCCAUCAGCGGGGGAAUAGAAGUCGCAGUCUUUGCGAACAUGGCAAAAUUUGUGACCAACGUAACAACGGAUACAACAGGCAAAGAAGAUUGCCCGCUCAAGGUAGUCGAGUACUAUGAAUUUGCCAUCGGCGCCAAUGCAGGGGCCACAGUUGCAGUGGGCGAUGAAACAUGGGGUCCUCAGCCAGCUACCACGAUCCCGGUCUUUUACACUACGCUCGCGGACGCUUGCGCUAUUAAGGGGAAAUCUACACCAACUCCAACCGUGACGCCAAGGGCGUUGCUAGAUGGAAGAGCAGAUAUGAAGACGACCACUAUUUCUACCGAACUUAUCUUCACCGGCGCUAGCUGCAUAUCGUCUGGCUUGGCCAUCUGCCCAGCCUCCCUCCAGACUACAACGCAGUACACUUCGACCUCGACAUUGGUCACUGUAGUGCCAUCUGGUGCCGUGCCGUCAUUUCCGGCUUCGACUUUCGAUUCUGUAAUGAGGACUGUGGAAUUUGGUGCCAAAGCCAGUAGGAUCGAAGGUAUCUCUGGUAGUCCUACUUCGUACGUACCUCCUAGCAGCACAAGUCCUAGCAUAAAUUCUAGCAAUACGUCAUUAUCAACAUCAUCCCCAACAAGCAACACUGAUAGGAAACUGGGCGGGGUUUCGAACAAGGUGAUCAUUGGUGUAAGCGUGGGAGUGGGCAUCCCGGCUUUAGCUGCUAUUAUUGGUGGUUGCAUGUAA